UGACCCGACGUUAACCUUUAAGAAAACUUCCCACGUGUAUAAUGGAGAAACGCUUAGGUUUUGGAAAGUAAAAUUGCUGUUAUUUCUAGGUGUGUGUUCAUAUUUAAUACAAUGAAAGUAAAGGUUUUAAGUAGAAAUCCUGAUGAUUAUAUACGAGAAACAACAAAAGAUAUACACAGAGUUCCACGAAAUUAUGAUCCCUCACUCCAUCCUUUUGAGGUACCUCGAGAGUACACCAGAGCUUUAAAUGCUACCAAGCUUGAGCGUGUGUUUGCCAAGCCCUUUGUGGCAUCUCUUGAUGGGCACAGGGAUGGAAUCAACUGUAUGGCCAAGCAUACUAGAAGUCUGUCAACAUUGCUUUCGGGAGCAUGUGAUGGAGAGGUGAAAAUAUGGCAUCUGCCUACUCGGAAAUGUACACGUACUUUAAAAGCACAUGAAGGUUUUGUACGGGAUAUUUGUGUUCGAUAUUGUGGAACUUCAUUUUUUACGGUUGGAGAUGAUAAAAUAAUUAAACACUGGAGCAUGGAAGGACAACUAAAUGGAGCUCAAGAGGAACCCUUAAAUUCAAUAUUGGGAAAGACUGUUUAUACAGGUAUUGAUCACCAUUGGUCUGAUGGUAUAUUUGCAACCUGCAGUCAGCAGGUGGACAUCUGGGAUGAACAUCGAAGCAGCCCAAUUCGUUCAUUUAGUUGGGGAGCAGACAGCAUUACCAGUGUCAAGUUUAAUCCUUCGGAGACUCAUGUUCUUGCAAGCUGUGCCUCUGAUAGAAGUAUCAUUAUAUAUGACAUGCGUCAAGCAACACCAUUGAAAAAGGUUAUCAUGGAUAUGCGGACCAAUGCAUUGUGCUGGAAUCCAAUGGAGGCUUUUAUCUUCACAAGUGCAAACGAAGACUACAACUUGUACACAUUUGAUAUGCGUUAUCUGGAUGCACCUGUCAAGGUGCACAUGGAUCAUGUGUCAGCUGUGCUUGAUGUAGAUUAUUCUCCAACGGGGAAAGAGUUUGUCUCUGCCAGCUUUGAUAAGUCCAUCAGAAUUUUUCCUGCAGACAGUGGACGCAGCAGGGAAGUAUAUCAUACAAAACGCAUGCAGCAUGUUAUUUGUGUCAAAUGGUCCAUGGACAACAAGUAUAUUUUGAGUGGCUCUGAUGAAAUGAACAUUCGUUUGUGGAAGGCAAAUGCUUCUGAAAAACUGGGUGUGCUGACUCCUAGAGAAAAGGCUGCAUUCAACUAUAAUCAGAAGCUGAAAGAAAAAUUCCAGCAUCAUCCUCAGAUUAGACGUAUUACCCGUCAUCGCCACCUGCCUAAACCUAUUUUCAGUCAGAUUAAGGAGGCCCGCAUCAUGAAGGAAGCUCGUCGCAGAAAGGAACUGAAUCGUCGAAAACACAGCAAGCCCGGAUCUGUUCCAGUUCUGUCUGAGAAGAAAAAGCAUAUUGUGGCUGUUGUAAAUUAAUGUUAUAUAUGAGAAGUUGAUUGCAUUUGACUUUGAUCUACAUCUUAGCAAAUAUGUUAACUUUUUAUGAAAAUAGUAGACAACAUAUAAGGAAUGCAACAGGCAUUCGUAAUAUUUUGCUAAAAUAGACUUAUAAAUUGUUUGUAAAAUGCUAUAUAACUCUUUGCCUACUAAAAUAUGUUAAAGUUCUUCUAAAAAGAUACUUAUUUUAAAAUUAUUUGCCAUUCCUGGUACAGUUAUAAUGGGUGGAUUAAAGAGGCAUGCUCAUUUAGUUAUGCCUAUACCAUGUUAAACAGUUAGUGUAUUGUGCAAUAAUUCUUUAUUCGUAUAUGCCUCUUUUAUCAAGUAUUUGUUACAAUAUGUGUUAAACUUGUAAGCAUCACAUGCCCAUAAUAAACCUACAGAUUUCUAGAUCGCUUUUUAACACAAUUCCUCUUUCUGGUAAACUGCCCCUUUUAUCUCCCAUUUAAACUCUCAAAUAAUAAACUAAUGCCUGUUCAGUAAUUUGUACAAUUUUUUACAUGUUUAUUAUGAAAAAAAAAAAACUUGAUCUGUAUAUCAUAAUGCUGUUUAGUAGUAUACAAAAAGAAGCAAGGCAUGGGAAAUGAAUCAGCACUGUAAUUAUAGAGUUUAAGAGCUGAAGUGAUAGAAGCUGAGCAGGGUAAACAGGAAAGGAUUACGUGGUUAUUUCCAUAAGAAAAACAUAGCAAUUCUAAUUUCAUCUUUUAUUUUGACACUUGACAGUUUUGGUUGCAGUAUAAAGUACAGCCCUUUUUACCUAAAUUGCAGCAAGUUCCUUAAAUAUACAGUACAUAGUUAUGAGAAUCAAAAAUGUAAACUUAAAUUGUUUGAAGUUAGUAAAUUAACUGUACUUAUUAUUUAUAAGUACAGUUAAGUACAGAUAUUCUUCGGCAGGUUCUAAUCUACCUACAUAUCUUCAAUGGUGUUCAAGUUCAGAGACUUGUGUUUUUUGAGGUACUUUAUAGUAGCCUUUUUUUUGUUUAUUAAUUAUCAGUAAGCCAGCCACCCAGGAGGAUGCCAUAAUAAUGUGGUAUUAGAAAAAUGUUUACUUAGUUAAUUAUCAGUUUUACAUUUGGCAAUACUGGAUAUAAAUCAAAUGAU